AUACGUUCGGAGGUGCCAAUAGCCAGAAAAGGAAAAUGAAUCAUAGUUAUCUUCUCUUUGUUUUUGUUGGUUUCACGUGUUAAAAAUGUCUUCAUUGCAAUUCGAAGGAUGCAAUUUCUUUCGUAUGAGAAUAAUACUAUCAACUUUAAGUGGGAAAAGUAUAAAAAUUUCAACAAUCAGACCAGAAGAAGAUGAUCCUGGGCUUACAGACUUUGAAGUUAGUUUUAUUCGCUUGAUUGAUAAAGUCACAAAUGGAUCCAAGACAGUCAUCUCAGAAACAGGUACACAGUUAAUAUAUAGGCCAGGGCUUUUACUUGGCGGCAAGUUGGAACAUGAUUGUCAUCCAUCUCGAUCUAUAGGCUAUUAUCUGGAAAUGCUAAUGUGCCUAGCACCGUUUACAAAAGAGCCACUUCAUGCAGUACUCAGAGGGGUAACAAGUGAUAAAGAUGACCCAUCAGUAGAUCUUCUGAAACUGUCAGUAUUUCCCGUGUUGAAAAGAUUUCUAGGAACUGAUGAAGGUUUGGAACUUAAGAUCAACAAAAGAGGUGCGGCACCAGAAGGUGGUGGGGAAGUUUUAUUUACAUGUCCAUGUAGACAGAAGUUAAGACCUUUGAAAUUUACACAGCCUGGCAAAAUCAAGCGAAUUCGUGGAGUUGCAUGGGCUGUUCGGGUUUCGCCUGCUUUUGUUAACAGACUUGUUGACUCGGCACGUGGUGUACUGAACCAAUUUUUAACAGAUGUUUAUAUAUACACUGACCACAUGAAGGGAAGCCAGUCAGGAAAAUCUCCAGGCUUCGGAUUAACAUUAGUGGCUGAAACUACAGAAGGUGCAUUUCUAGCUGCAGAAGAUGUGUGCAGCGCCAGAGGGUCUGGUGAGGCUCCCACAGUUCCGGAAGAUCUUGGCAGAAAAACUGCCAUAGCUCUACUUAAGGAAAUACAUAGGGGUGGCUGUGUUGAUUCCACGAGUCAAGGCCUGACUGCACUUCUGAUGGUACUUGGCCAACAGGAUGUUUCCAAAGUACAGAUGGGAGAACUCUCACCCUACACAAUCCAGUUUUUAAGGCACAUCAAGGACUUCUUCCAGGUGACAUUUAGCAUCAAGGUGGACAAGAAACCAGUGGCUACAAAAUCAGAUGAUCCCAAUGAGGAAGCUGAAGAACUGAAAGUUGGCGCUGACAAACUUAUACUGACCUGUGUGGGAGUGGGCUAUGCUAAUGUUAGCAAGCCAAUCAGAUAAGGCUUAGAAUUGUAUAUAAAAUAAAUAAAAAAUAUAAAAUAAAUAAAAGCAAUCUCUAAUUUAA